AUGUCUGGAUCUGCUGUCCACGGAGGAGAUGAAAUCAAUGCCAUAGUGCUUGAUCCAGGCUCAUACUAUACACGUAUCGGGUAUGCUGGUGAUGAUUUUCCAAAGAUUACAACCCCAUCGUUUUUUGCCAUAGGUCCAGAUCCCCCUAAAAAAGGUAAACGAACCCGCAUUUUUGGUGAAGCAAUUGGCGUUCCCAGAAGCAAUUACGAGGUCAAACCCAUCAUUAAGGACUCGCUUAUAGUGGACUGGGACGCUGCUAUCGAACAAUACAAAUACUACUUUGAAGACGUGUUGAAAAUCAACUACAAGGAACAACCAAUCCUAAUUGUUGAACCAGUAUGGGCAACCACCGAGUACCGUCAAAAAGUGGUGGAGGAAUUCUUUGCAAACUUUGAUUUCCCAGCAUUAUAUUUGGCCAAAUCUCCAACAUGCAUCUCAUUUCAGCAGGGCCGUGCCAACUGCUUAGUGGUAGAUAUUGGCCAUGAUUCUGUAUCUAUCACUCCAGUAAUAGACGGUAUGUCUUUGUUGAGGAACACCACAAAAACACAUUACGCGGGAGCAUUUUUGAAUGCACAAAUUCAGGAUAUGUUGAACAAAAAAUAUCCAAACCUUGACCUCUGCGCAAAGUACCUGGUUCGUGACCGAACCCCAACCAAAUACCCCGAGGAAGCCAAAUACACUCAACGCCAACUUCCAGACAAUAUCACCGACUCCUUCUAUGAAUACCAACAGUUGGCGCUUUGGCAUGAAAUAAAAGAGACCAUGUUGGAAGUGCCUGAGAAAAAGUUGGCAUCUGACCGUGAAACAUACAAAGACGAAACCCAUAAAAGAAGCUUUGAACUUCCUCUGGGUCAACUGAUAGAGUUGGGAAUUGAGAGGUUUGAGCUUGCAGACAGUCUUUUUGACCCUAAAAGUUAUCCUCUUAGAGAUCAAGACAAAUUUCCUCCAACAAAUGGAGAAGUAUCUAUUAAAACCAUGUAUGAUGAUUACCGACCAGUGAAGCGCACGAAGCGUACAGAGUCGUCACAAUCAAGUCCUCCACCCGAAGAGGAAGAAGCAGUGACUAUUAGAGGACUUUCGCAAUUGGUGGCUCAUACAUUGACAUCAGUAGAUAUCGAUCUCCGAGCGUCAAUGGCCCACAAUAUUAUAAUUUCUGGAGGUACCUCGCUCAUCACUCAAUUGACAGAACGCAUCCAAGCCGACCUUUCAAACACUAAUCCAGGACUUAAAGUGAGAUUGCAUGCGGUAGGAAGCAGCGCAGAGCGCAGCAGCCAGUCGUGGAUUGGAGGAAGUGUCCUCUCUUCUUUGGGUACAUUUCACCAGAUGUGGGUCACAAAAGAGGAGUACCAGCAAGCUGGGGCAGAAAAGAUCUUGAACCAGAGAUUCAGGUAA